GAGGCAGGGCGCUGACUGGGCAGUCCAAAGAGGAGGGGGCCUUUAAUAGGCUCGCCCAGCGCCUGCUUUGCGGCUCUGAGAGUGGCUGCGGUUCGGAGCAGCGGCCCGGCACCUCCCUCUAGUUCGCGGCUCCAAAUCUUCGUCCUUGCACUUGACAGCGGUUGUACUUAAGCUCCUGGGGCGCGCUUUGCUUGGAAAGGCACAGGUAGGAGGCGCGGGCCGCCGGGUGCACAUUCACUGCUCUGGGAGGAAUUUCUUAACCUUGGCUUUCCUUUCUGGAAGCUGCGGGCGGCCCCGGGGCGUCGGUCGUUCCUGUGUGCGGGCUGCAAAGAGACCGUGCCGGCGGCCCGGCAGCCGGGCCGAGCCUUUCCGAGAGCGCGGCUGUGCGCUGCCCGGCGCCAUGCUUCUGCUGGGCAUCUUAACGCUGACUCUCUCCGGGGCACUCGCUGGCGGCUCAGAGCCAGAGCAGGAGGUGGUGGUCCCCAUCCGACUGGACCCAGACAUCAACGGCCGCCACUACUACUGGCGGGGUCCUGAGGACUCCGAGGAUCAGGGACUUAUUUUUCAGAUCACAGCAUUUCAGGAGGACUUUUACCUUCACCUGACACCGGAUGCUCAGUUCCUGGCGCCCGCCUUCGCCACUGAGCAUCUGGGCGUCCCCCUCCAGGGUCUCAUCGAGAGCUCUCCGGACUUGCGACGUUGCUUCUACUCUGGGGACGUGAACUCCGAGCCAGACUCAUUCGCCGCUGUGAGCUUGUGCGGGGGGCUACGCGGAGCCUUCGGCUACCAAGGCGCCGAGUAUGUCAUUAGCCCGCUGCCCAACGCCAGUGCGCCGGCGGCGCAGCGCAACAGCCAGGGCGCACACCUCCUCCAGCGCCGGGGCACCCCCGGCGGGCCUCCCGGAGAUCCCACCUCUCGCUGCGGGGUGGCCUCAGGCUGGAACCCCGACAUUCUGAGGGCCCUGGACCCUUACAAGCCUCGGCGGAACAGUUUAGGGGAGGGUCGCAGCCACCGCAGGUCCGGGCGCGCCAAGCGGUUCGUGUCUAUCCCGCGGUAUGUGGAGACGCUGGUGGUGGCGGACGAGUCGAUGGUCAAGUUCCACGGCGCGGACUUGGAGCAUUAUCUGCUGACGCUGCUGGCCACCGCGGCGCGACUCUACCGCCAUCCCAGCAUCCUCAACCCCAUCAGCAUCGUCGUGGUCAAGGUGCUACUUCUCGGAGACCGCGACACGGGGCCCAAGGUCACGGGCAACGCCGCCUUGACGCUGCGUAACUUCUGUGCGUGGCAGAAGAAGCUGAACAAAGUGAGUGACAAGCACCCUGAAUACUGGGACACCGCCAUCCUCUUUACCAGGCAGGACCUGUGUGGGGCCACCACCUGUGACACGCUGGGCAUGGCUGACGUGGGCACCAUGUGCGACCCCAAGAGAAGCUGUUCAGUGAUCGAGGACGACGGUCUCCCCUCGGCCUUCACCACCGCCCAUGAGCUGGGCCACGUGUUCAACAUGCCCCAUGACAAUGUGAAAGUGUGCGAGGAGGUGUUUGGGAAGCUCCGAGCCAACCACAUGAUGUCCCCAACGCUCAUCCAGAUCGACCGUGCCAACCCCUGGUCGGCCUGCAGUGCGGCCAUCAUCACCGACUUCCUGGACAGCGGGCACGGCGACUGCCUCCUGGACCAGCCCAGCAAGCCCAUCGCACUGCCCGAGGACCUGCCGGGCGCCAGCUACACCCUGAGCCAGCAGUGCGAGCUGGCCUUCGGCGUGGGCUCCAAGCCCUGUCCCUACAUGCAGUACUGCGCCAAGCUGUGGUGCACCGGCAAGGCCCGGGGCCAGAUGGUGUGCCAGACCCGCCACUUCCCCUGGGCAGACGGCACCGGCUGUGGCGAGGGCAAGUUCUGCCUCAAGGGGGCCUGUGUGGAGAGGCAUGACCUUCACAGGUACAGGGUGGAUGGCUCCUGGGCCAGGUGGGAGCCCUACGGCCCCUGCUCCCGCACCUGCGGAGGGGGCGUGCAGCUGGCCCGGAGGCAGUGCAGCAACCCUGCCCCCGCCAACGGCGGCAAGUACUGCGAGGGAGUGAGGGUCAAGUACCGCUCUUGCAACCUGGAGCCCUGCCCCAGCUCGGCCUCUGGCAAGAGCUUCCGGGAGGAGCAGUGUGAGGCCUUCAACGGCUACAACCACAGCACCAACCGGCUGGCCCUGACCGUGGCCUGGGUGCCCAAGUACUCGGGCGUGUCUCCGCGGGACAAGUGCAAGCUCAUCUGCCGCGCCAACGGCACCGGCUACUUCUACGUGCUGGCGCCCAAGGUGGUGGAUGGCACGCUGUGUACCCCCGACUCCACCUCGGUCUGCGUCCAGGGCAAGUGCAUCAAGGCUGGCUGCGACGGGAACCUGGGCUCCAAGAAGAAGUUCGACAAAUGCGGGGUGUGCGGGGGAGACAAUAAGGGCUGUAAGAAGGUGUCCGGACUCUUCACCAAGCCCAUGCACGGCUACAAUUUCGUGGUGGCCAUCCCAGCAGGCGCCUCCAGCAUUGACAUCCGCCAGCGCGGCUACAAGGGGCUGAUUGGAGACGACAACUAUCUGGCCCUGAAGAACAGCCAAGGCAAGUACCUGCUCAACGGGCACUUCGUGGUGUCGGCCGUGGAGCGGGACCUAGUGGUGAAGGGCAGCCUGCUGCGCUACAGCGGCACGGGGACCGCGGUGGAGAGCCUGCAGGCCUCCCGGCCCAUCCUGGAGCCCCUGACGGUGGAGGUGCUCUCGGUGGGGAAGAUGACGCCACCCCGGGUCCGCUACUCCUUCUACCUGCCCAAGGAGCCUCGGGAGGACCGCUUGUCCCCGCCCAAGGACCCCCGGGCCCCCUCAGUGCUCCACAACAGUGUCCUCAGCCUCUCCAACCAAGUGGAGCAGCCGGACGCCCGGCCCUCUGCACGCUGGGUGGCGGGCAGUUGGGGGCCAUGCUCGGCCAGCUGCGGGGGUGGCCUGCAGCGGCGGCCGGUGGACUGUCGUGGGUCCCCCGGGCCACGCGGGGCAUCCGUCUGCAACGCUGCCCAUCGGCCAGCGGAAACACAUGCCUGCGGGAAGCCGUGCCCGGCAUGCGAGCUGGGGGCCUGGUCGCCCUGCUCCCAAAGCUGAGGCCGGUGCUUCUAUAGGCGGCCCCUCAAGUUGCUGGGCCACAGGGGGCGGCUGCUGGCGCGGGACCAGUGCGACCUGCGCCGGAAGCCCCAGGAGCUGGACUUCUGCGUGUUGAGGCCAUGCUGAGCGGGGCUGGCCCUCUUCCUCUCUCUCCACCUCCGUGGGGCUGCCAUGGGCAGAGAGCAGUGGCCGGGGGCCCAAGCCACAGGGUCCCCCACAUCCAGGGACAAGGGCCUGGGUGGGGUGAGAGGCUCCUCCUCCCCCCCGGUCUGGGCGGGGAAGGCAAGUCACUAACGCACAGUCUACCUCAUGCCCGGCUCCUCUGGGUCCAGCCUCGGGGAGAGGCUGAGAGGUGCUCAGAUGCUGGGCCGGAGGCUCGGGGCCCAUCUCCGAGGGACCUGGAGGAUGGGCUCCUCCCAACGGGACUUCAGGGACCUUGGCCCCCGUCAGGGAGGCUGCAGGCUGCUGGAAGAGCCAGGGCCCAGCAGCCUGGCACCCUCAGGGGGCCCCAGGGCUCUGAGCCGUCUCUGAACAAGGCAGGUCAUCAUGGUGCUGUCAGCCACUUUGUUUUCUCACCGACACGGACUCAACAGUGAAAACUGGCCGGGGGUGGGCUGAGCUGAGGGGGCAGUGGGGUUGGUGUAACUGGAGCCUGGGCCGCUCUACUUGGGAUGAGGCGUGUGUGGGGGGGUCCUGAUUUCAGCCGUCGCUUGCAGGGUCACCUCCUCUCCCUGUGCCGUCCAGCUGCCUGACAAGUGGGGGUGCUUCGGCAGGUGUCCUCCGCGGCUUUGCAGGUAGAGACAGGUAGUCAGGAGGGAGACUGGCCUUCUUCAAGAGGGAGCUGAGCAUUUAAAACAAAGAUGCUGAGAAGACUUCCCAGGGGUGGAUUCUGUGGCUGAAGCAGGAGUCUGAAGAGAGAGCUAGAGCAUCCUACUGUCUCUGGGCCUGGGUGUGCGCUUUGGGGGAGUGUCGCCUGGGAUGGGGAGGAGGAGGCCCCAGUUCUGCUGGCGUCUUCCUCCAGGGAGGCAGGUGUAAGCAAGGCUGAUACCUUCAUCCAGCACUGCCCUAGUCCUGAUCCCACUAAGGGGGCCCUGGGACACGCCCGGGAGGGCCAGGUGCGGGACAUGCAUGUGGAUGUCAUCAGACAGCCACACGCGGUCUGGCCUGGGCAUACCACAUUGCAUCACAGGCUGCAGUUUCUGCAGCUGGAUAAUGGGGUUCACUGUUUGCUACCUCAGGCUGUGCUCUCUGGGAACCCACCCUUGUCCCUCCGCAGGGGCAGUGGUGACCCUGGUGCCUCCAGCAGACGCAGCUGUCGUCCCCUGUGGUCUGAGCUGCCCAGACUCAAGAGUGAGCUUGGGUGCAUGCUUCCUGGACCCACAGCCCAGCCACCCACCGAGCCUCCAGAUGUGGUGACAGGGUCUCUCUCUCCGGGUGCUUUGGGGACAGGUUUCAGGAGGCACAAAGGCAACUGGCUGACCCGGGGGCCCUUAGCAGCCACCAGCAGGAGCUGCUGGAGACGGGUGCAUCUUGGAGAUGUGUUAGUGGGGUAGAAGCCAGGGUGUUUCCUGCAGCUCCGAGUGGGAAGACGUUGUGGGGUUAGAGCUGUUUGUCCAAGCAGGCUCUUCCUUGAGGGUGCAGCUGUCCCAGCACGAACAUGGGAGAGUCUGCUUCUGAGUGUAGGGCAUGAGUCCUGGUCCUCAGUGAGGUGACAUCACAGCGAGUGUCUUCCCUGGGGAAGGGAGUCAGUCCCCCCUUUUUAUUUUUUUGGUUUCCACUAAUAGUCACUCCACAGACCAGCCUGCCAGCCAGGCAUGGCCGGGAUGGUGCUCUUACCCCUGGCUCAGCCUGGCGGAGCCCUCAAACACGCUCCCACACGGGGCAGAGGGCAGGCGGAUCGCUGCGGCAGGGCUGCGGUCACCCUUGAAGACGGGAGCGAGGAGGAAUCCCGCCCCCCCAUGAGUGAACACUGCGGGGCUGCAGGGCACCCGGGGAGACGUGGACCCCUCUGGCUGACGACAGCACCGCCCCCGGGCCUGGUGCCCCCAUCCUCGGCGAGGAGAGGGUGGCUCGGGGGCUGUGCGGAAGGGGCAGGGAUCGGGGGGGAGGGAAGGGAGCCGCCGUCGGCGGGGGCGCCUGGCCCCCAGCACCGCGGCCUUACCAGUCAUUUCUAGGAGGGACAACCGACCUUGUUCCUGACACAAGCUGGGCCUUGAUGCUCUUUUCUGUCGUGAUGCUUUUCUAUUUCCUUUUUAAAAGAAGUACAACCAAGACAACUUGGGAGGCGUGUCUUGUCUUGGACAUUUCUCUAAUCCAACCCAUACUCUCCACGGCUGAGCAGAGACAUGCCUCAAGGCACAGGCGAAGGUGCAGGUGGUACCUCACGGCUCUGGAAGAAGAGCAGCAUUCCGGGGGCCGCAGCAGCCUCUCCUGGGGUGUGGACAGUAAGGACCUGGGCUUGGGAGCCCCUGCCUCCUCUGCCCGUCGUGUGCACUGAUUGGAGGAGCCCAGCCUCGUGUGCCUUGCCGUGUGGGAGCUGGGGCUGGGGAGCUGAGGAGAGGUGGGGGGACCUGAGUGUCCCCGGCCUGGGCGUUGGCUCCCAGAGGCACUAGACACUGUCAUGUAUGGAGCCCCCAUUGUGUUUGGUUCUUUUGCAUUCCGUGUGCUGCAGAAGGAAGGAGGACCUGGGUGCGGCUGGGCUGUGUAUACUGUGUAUACGUGGGAGCUGGCCACUGCGGGGACAACGGUCCACUCCUAAUAAAGUUGUAUUUAAGACCCGU